AUUUCGGCAAAACGUCAAAAAUAGAACUUUUCCUAACUUUUGCCCGUGACCCACCGCUGCCACCCAACUGACUGGCAGAAGAUGGAGGUACCGAUGUACCACACCGCAACCUCGGCAAAAUCGAACAUCAAUGACACACCCCAGCUGCUGGACGACGUUGCACACCUCUUGACUGAUACGGCAUCGGCGGAUAUUGUCCUUGUGGUCGGCGAGGAGGAGAUCAAGUUUUACGUGCAUAGGAUUAUCCUUUUGGCAAGAUGUCAGAACUUUCAAGAUCACCAAAAAGUUGUUACGUCAGAGUCAUCACCAAGAAGUCACAAAUACAACAAAGCAAUUGUGCGAUAUCCAAACUUUGACUCCGUAUUUUUCAAAGAUGUGCUCACGUAUAUUUACACAGGGAAGAUUUCACUUGGGACAACAAACACUGAUACAUUCGAAGUGUUAAACAUCAGCAAAGUGCUGGGCCUUGCUGCUCUCAAGGAACAUUGUGAGAAUCUCGUCUCUCAGUCCCUGUGUGCUGAAAACGCUUGUGGCUAUCUCACAGCUGCUUUAAGGAAUGGAAAAACAGAUGAUAUUCUCCGAGCAGACAGUUUUGCCAACCGUUGUGUUGACUUCAUCUUAGAGAAUGCAGAGAAGUGUGUGAUGACCACUGGAUGGCUGCAGUUGACAAAAGAGGCACUGAUCAGGAUUAUCAGCACAGACACGUUUUCCCUAAAAGAGGAGGAAGUGUGGCGAGCGGUGCUGUCCUGGGCAAAGUACAACGCUGACAUUCCAUUGGAUAAACAGUCUCAAGAUUGGAAAGAGGCGGAGAAGUGUUUAUUGAAAAAGCACCUUCAAGGCAUCAUAGAACAUGUACGGCUGUUGCUUAUUGAUAGUAAAGUGUUUGCAGAAGAGAUUGAAUCUACUGGUCUCAUACCCAUGGAAGUCUCUCUUGAGAGGUAUCGCCUAGCUGCCGUCCCUGACCAGAUCCAACAAUCACGCCUCCGUCCACGGACGUCCGCUCAACUCUUCCUUGGAACGCACAUCCUGUGUAAAGGUCACCUGCCUUUCCAGAGACUGCUCAACAACUGGUACGGCGAUGCCACCCAGACGUGGCGCCUCCUAUACCGGGCCAGAAGAGAUGGCUCCACGUCCGAUUGGUUCCAUAAACUCUGCGAUGGGUACAGUACAACCUUCGUUAUUGUGAAGGGUAAAACGGGCAAUAUAUUUGGCGGAUUCAGCGAUGUUCCCUGGACAAGUCAGACUCCUCCUGCUGGAGCCUAUAAAACUUCUAACAGGUCAUUCAUCUUCAGCCUCGUGAACAAUGCUGGUAACCCACCAACGAAAUACAACAUCAAGCGACAGAAAUAUGCCGUUGUAAACCAUCGAAGUCACGGGCCAAUCUUCGGGGCUGGGGCUGACCUCUCCAUAGCGAGCAAUUGCUUGGAUGGUGAAGAGUGUUAUUCAAAUCUUCCACAUUCCUAUGACGGAGAAAAUGUGUCGAAUCUUACACUAAACGGGACACAGUAUUUUGACAUUGAGGACUAUGAGGUGUUCACUUUAAAAGAGAACAUAAUAUGAUAGACAAUGUAAACUGGGAUUGUCUUGGGUAUGGUCUGAAAACUGUUGACAGUUGGUAUCAUCAGUCUUCCAAUUUUUUAAUAAAGUUAACC